UGUCUCCCCAAUUGACUUUCCCCAUCCAAUAUUUCCACAUUACACCAACGGCCCAACAUAUUUACUUACAUCAAAAGCAGUUCAAGCAAUAAUGAAUCUUACAGAGAGUGUUCAUGCUUUUCCAAUUGAGGAUGUGCUUUAUACGGGAAUUUUGGCCAAUUUAGCAAAUGUUAAAAAAUUUAGUAUUUGGGAACACUUUAGAAUUGGAAAACAUCUCAAUCUUCAUGAAAAAUGCAAAGUAGAAAAGAAGACAGGAAAAAGAAUUCCCUAUGUUACCGCUAUUAAUGGAAUUUCUGAUGCGAGUGGAAUUAAAAUUGCCUAUGAAAGACUUCACUCUGUUGAAUGUACUCCUUGGUCCUCUUCCAAACAAACGAAAAGGUUUUGAAUAUAUUUUUUGACUAAAAAUUUAAUUUUUGUAACAUUCCUUUAAAUUUCCCCAGACUUGUUAAAAAUCAUAUUUAAUUUUUGUUAUUUUCCCAAAAUCCGCAAAAUUUGUCCGCAAGUUUUUCUUUAUUGCAUAAUUAAUUUUGAGAGGUUUUUUCUGUUUUUUUGUAAAGUUUUGUCUUCCGCCCCUCGUAUUUUGACUGUUAUUAACGAUUUUGUAUGGAAUGGGAUUUUUUAUGCGGGAAUAAUUUUAAUACAAACUGCGGAUUUUAGGGAUAGAAACAGACUAAUUCAAAUUUUUUCUAAAAGCUU